AUGGACACGGCAAGGAUGAAUUCCUUCCUCGAUUAUCCGCCCAUCCUCAACGGCGAGCCCACCACUUGCGCCUCCCGUGCCUAUCACCGCCACCACCACCACCACCACCCAGACCAUGGGAUUACAACCACUUUUCAGUCGUGUGCUGUCAGCGCCAACAGCUGCAACGGGGACGAUCGCUUUCUGGUUGGCAGGGGAGUUCAGAUAAGCCCCCAUCCCCACCACCAGCCUGGUACCGCCUACCAACACCACCCCAAUUUGGGGAUGUCAUUCUCGCACCCCAGCUGCGGGUCCGGCUACGGCACGCAAAACUUCACUGCAGGAGGCUAUGGCCAUUAUCCACUCAGUCAAGAGGCGGAAAUCAGCGGGGGCUACUCCCCGUGCGCUGCUCCUACUCUCUACUCGGGAAAUGUCUCUUCCUCCAUGGUCCAGCAUCCCCAGAGUUAUGGUGGGGGCACAACCAGUUCUACUCAGUACAUUCAUCCCUCUUUUGGAGAGGAGCAGCAGAAUUUAACCCUCACUAAUUUCACCCACUCAUUGUCUCCUCUCCACUCCGUCCACCCAGAAAGCUGCGCUUCUCCUUCUUCUGAAGUUUCUCCACCAGCCCAGACUUUCGACUGGAUGAAAGUGAAGAGAAACCCUCCUAAAACAGGAAAAGCUGGAGAGUAUGGCUAUGUGGGUCAACCCAACACAGUUCGCACCAAUUUCACCACCAAACAGUUGACAGAACUGGAGAAGGAAUUCCACUUCAAUAAAUAUCUUACCAGAGCACGUAGGGUGGAGAUAGCAGCCUCUUUGCAACUCAAUGAAACCCAAGUCAAGAUCUGGUUCCAGAACCGCAGGAUGAAGCAGAAGAAGAGGGAGAAAGAGGGCUUGCUGCCCAUCUCUCCAGCCACUCCAACCGGAAGUGAAGAGAAGGCAGAGGACUCGUCUGAAAAGUCCAGUUCAUCCCCAUGUACUCCUUCUCCUACUUCUUCUACCUCAGAUACUCUGACUACCUCAAAUUGA